AUGGCAGCAUUACGUCCUAUUCUUAAACGUUUAGAAAAACUUCGUGAUGGUAUUAAACAAGAAACUAAUUUUGUUACACCAUAUGAUAUUAUUAUUCGUAUUAAUAGUAUUGCUGCAUUACAAACAACUAGUUGGGAUAUUAUACUUGGACAAAAUACAAAGGAUUCUAUAUCAGAACUAUCAACACCUGCAGAUAACCAUGGUGUAAUCGUUUCAGUUGUUGGUUCAUAUAAUCGUGGCAAGUCAUUUUUACUUAAUCAAUUUUGUAAUAUUGAAUUACCUAAUGGUAAUUUAAUACAUACAGAAGGUAUCUCUAUCACAGCAGGACGAGAUUUAGCUGAAAAUAUAAUUUUUAUUGAUACUGCUGGUACUGAUACUCCCAUACCAAGAGAUAAACUUGAUGAUAAAAAAGCUACAGAAGCUCUUCUAAGAGAAAUAGCUCUUUACUUAUGUUCAUACAUCAUUAUUGUUGUUAAUCGUUUACGUGCUACAAAUCAAUCAUAUAUUCAACAAGUUUUAAAACAUUGUGAAAAUUCUAAUUCAAAUAAAAACAUAAUUAUUGUUCACAAUUUAAUGGAUGUACAAACAAUUGAAGAUGUAAAUAAAAUAAUAAAAGAAGAAGUUGAAUCACUUUUUGGUGCUAAACCUGAUAUAAUGAAAUUACAAGUUAAUAAUAUGUCGAAUGAUAUCAAAUUUUUUCAUUCGAAACAAAAUGGUAUCACACUUCGUCAUUUCAUUUUUGCAAGAGAUGGAUUUGAAGCAGGAAAGAUGGGAAUAGACAAUCUAUUGAUGGUAUAA